UUGUGUUGUGUUGACAACGAUGAUCCAAACAAACACAACAAAUAAAAAGAAAAACAACGAAAACAGUAGUAACAUUGUCAUUAAGUGAAAAACUUUAAAAUUUAUUUAAUAAGGUUGUAAAAAAAUAAUUAUUAUAAAUCAUGAUCUAUUACUAUGGCGGAACUUCAUGUUUUUGGCCAAAUAGAAUCGGCUGAAAGCUUUAAACAAUCAUCAUUAUUUUGUAAAUGGAGUUUUCAUUCAGGGAACGGUUGGAAGCUUAUCAAUGGCAAUAAUGAAGGUCAAACUCAAGAAUGUCGUGACUUAUACAAAAAAAAAUUAACUUGGAAUCAUCCAGUAGACUUGCAUUAUUCAACCCAAACAAUCCAAGGUUCUCCAAAAAUUUUAAUUCAAGUAUAUUCUAGAGAUAAUUACGGGAGAAUAUUAUUUAUUGCAUACGGUACAAGUUGUGUACCAUUAAUACCUGGAUAUCAUGAAAUCAAAUGCCAUACGUGGAAACCAAUAGGUAAUUGGCAAGAUAGACUGAGAGAUAAAUUUUUAGGAAUUACUUUACAAUUAAAAUCACCAAGCUUAUUAGCCAAUAGCACUGAUCGCUUUGAACUACUCACGGAAACAGAAGGCAUAGUAAAUAUUCAACUACAUAUCAUGUGUAAAAAUUUCGAUAAAUUUGGAUGUUUGAUGUAGUAAAUGAAAGUAUGAACUAAUGGAGUUUG